UGCAAGGCAUCAUUAACCAAUGUGCACUCUAUUUUAUAUCCCUUUAGGUAUAAAUAUAUCCUCAAACAAUAAACAUUCUAACACACAUUUGAGAAGAUAUAAAAUUUAUAGUUAUCAACUAAAGACUUCAAGGCUAUGGAGAUUAAGGUGGAUAAUGAGAUACCCCGGAAUCUUGAUGAAGAGAAAGCUCCCCUGCUUGAAAAAUCAGAACUGCCUGAAGUGGAGAAAAACCUGAUACAACAGGCAAUAAGCCAGACAUUCAAAAGCACUGCCCAUCUUGCCAAUCUUCUGCCUACUGGGUCAGUUCUUGCUUUUCAAUUUUUAUCACCCAUAUUCACAAACCAAGGGGAGUGUGAUGUGGUUGGCCGAUCCUUGACUGCUGCUCUUGUAGCACUUUGUGGACUGUCAUGUUUCCUAUUGAGCUUCACUGACAGUUUCAAGGAUCAAAAAGGAAAUGUUUGCUAUGGGUUUGCCACAUUGCGUGGCUUGUGGAUAAUUGAUGGAUCAGCAAUUCUCCCAUCGGAAGUCGCAGCAAAGUACAAGCUGAAAUUUAUAGAUUUCAUGCAUGCCAUCAUGUCAAUAUUGGUUUUUGCAGCUGUUGCGUUGUUUGAUCAGAAUGUGGUAAAUUGUUUCUACCCAACACCUUCACAUGAAACACAGGAACUGCUUACAGAUCUGCCUGUUGCAAUUGGGGUCAUCUGCAGUAUGUUGUUUGUUGUGUUUCCUACGCAACGUCAUGGCAUUGGCUUCCCCCUCACUUGCUAACUAAUAUGUUUGUUCCCAGAGACUUGUUGCAUGUGUAUCCUCAUCUUCUUUUACAUUCAAAUUGAGAUUCAUGCUUUUUA